CAGUAACAUGCAUGUAAACCCCGACCGACCUCCCGAUGCAGCGGUGCUACUAUUCAAGUGAAUAACCUCAAAAAGAGCGCUGAGCUUUCGCCUCGGAUGGUUUAGCGGCUUCCCAAACGGUUUUUGGAUCCACUUCCGACGCGAAAUGCUGCAGCUGUUAACGGAGUAACAGUGUGGCAGUCAGUUAAUCGCUCCUAUCUUUUUCUUGCAACAUUGUUGCGGCGUCGCGGCUAUUGACACGCGCUGUGGUGGUGGUGGUGGUGGAGGUGGUGGUUAGGCUGCUGGAGGGACCGGAGGCCUGUGGUCGUUUUGAUCCUGGACUGAUGUUUCGGACAAGCUGAGUUUUAAUGUUCGCGACGGAAAGCGGGAGAAAUAUCUGUCCUGUAUUUAAAACGGAACAUGUCUUUUUCAUGGCUGACUUGUUCACUUCUUCUGGGAACUUUAUGCGCAGGGUACAGUCUGGGCGAAGCAGAGACCCGGGAGUGUGUGUACUACAAUGAUAACUGGCGGACGGAGAGGACCAACCAGAGCGGCUUCGAGCGCUGCGAGGGGGAGAAGGACAAGCGACUGCACUGUUAUGCCUCCUGGCUCAACUCCUCAGGGACCAUCAAGCUGGUGAAGAAAGGCUGCUGGCUGGACGACUUCAACUGCUAUGACAGGCAAGAGUGUGUCUCCAUGGAGGAAAACCCUCAGGUCUUCUUCUGCUGCUGCGAGGGUAACUACUGCAAUGAACGAUUCACCCACCUUCCUGACAUGAUUGGCAGUGGCAACCGAGUGAAAAUCCGGCCUCCACCUCGAGUGCCGUCCCUGCUCAACGUGCUCGUGUACUCCCUGCUGCCCCUCUGCGUGCUGUCCCUGGCCCUCGUUCUGGCCUUGUGGAUGUACCGCCACCGCAAACCUCCCUACGGCCACGUAGACCUGAGCGAGGAUCCUGGACCGGCUCCUCCAUCCCCCCUGGUGGGUCUGAAACCACUGCAGCUUCUGGAAAUCAAAGCAAGGGGGCGCUUCGGUUGUGUUUGGAAGGCCCAGCUGAUGAGCGAAUACGUUGCUGUAAAGAUCUUCCCUGUUCAGGACAAGCAGUCUUGGCAAAACGAGCGGGACAUAUUCGUGACUCCGGGGAUGCGGCAUGAAAACCUCUUGCGUUACAUCGCCGCAGAGAAGCACGGCACCAACCUGGAGACGGAGCUGUGGCUCAUCACGGAGUUUCAUGAGAGGGGCUCACUGACGGACCACCUGAAGGGUAACACUGUGACCUGGAGUGAGCUGUGUCACAUAGCAGAGACCAUGUCCCGCGGCUUGGCUUACCUCCAUGAGGACAUUCCCAGCUACAAGGGAGAGGGGCCCAAACCCACCAUUGCACACAGGGACUUCAAGAGCAAGAAUGUGAUGCUACGAGAUGAUUUGACUGCAGUCAUUGGAGACUUUGGGCUCGCUGUUCGAUUUGAACCAGGAAAACCUCCAGGAGAUACUCAUGGCCAGGUGGGUACGAGGCGCUACAUGGCUCCAGAGGUGCUGGAGGGAGCCAUCAACUUCCAGCGAGACUCCUUCCUGAGGAUAGACAUGUACGCUAUGGGCUUGGUGCUGUGGGAGCUGGUGUCCCGCUGCGGAGACACAGACGGUACAGUUUGCGAGUACAUGCUGCCGUUUGAGGAUGAAAUAGGCCAGCAUCCCUCCCUGGAGGAUCUGCAGGAUGUGGUCGUGCACAAGAAGAUGCGUCCAGCCAUCAAGGACUGCUGGCUCAAACAUCCUGGUCUGAGCCAGAUGUGCGAGACCAUAGAAGAAUGCUGGGACCACGACGCGGAGGCGCGAUUGUCCGCCGGCUGCGUCGAGGAGCGCAUCGGCCAGAUCGCCAGAACGAUCAGCAGCACUACCUCAGACAGCCCCGUCUGCAUUGUGACGUCUCUCACCAACGAGGACCUACCUCCCAAAGAGUCCAGCACCUGAACGGGUGACACCAUCCUUCACCUGAGCUCCUCUGGCUUUUUUAUUUUUGAAAUCCAAACUCAGCAGAUCUCCCUGAAUAUUUAAAAACAGAAAAAAAACAACUAGCAAAUUGAAUGCAGCUGCUAUUUUACCCCAAUACUGGUAUUAUUUUUUUUCAGUUUUAAUGUUUUUUGGUGUUGAAUCUUACUAACACAUCCAUCUGCUGUAGUUUUGAAGUAGUAAUAAGUUAUGCGAUGGGCACAUCUGAUAACACCCAUGUGUCAAAUCCUAAAUGUCGUCAUUACCUCAUGUAUUUCUUUUGUGUUAGUCUAUUUUUAUUACCUCAUAAGUUGUCGUUUUUCCUGUCUUGGUCAUGAUCGUCUGCGGCCAAAAUGAAACGAACCUUUUGCUCCCAACCUCAGACGACGCGCUGCACACCUCGGAGGAACGUUUUGAGACUGUUAGACAAAAUACAUUCAUCUUCCUCAGGGGUCGAAGCUUCUCGAUUUUUUUUUUUUCGAGUGUGCUCCCUUAUUUUAAACCUGUGAAUGCCUCAGAAUGGAAAAAAAAGAUAAAAAAAUCGGAGCACAGCUGUUUUAUCGCAAGGGAGGAGCUAAAACAGGAGCUGAGCAGUUGUAUUGGACAUUUUGGACUUUUUUGAAGAUUCGGGACAAGUGUCUUUGUCCCCGGGGAACUACCUCUCAGGUAUCCAAGUAGGCUUCUUUGGAACAUUUUCUCUAAGUUGAGAGCCAAGCUAUCCAGCUAGCUAUCAUGGACAUAUUCCUGGAUUUUAUUUUAUUUUUUUGUUUUUAAUUGUAGAAAUUCAGAGUUACUCCUUUGCCAGUGCCAGGGGCAUUGACGGAUGCUGUCUGGAGUUGCAAUGUUACACAUUCUUGAUUUUAACUGUCUGUGUGAGCGAGCGAGCGAGUGUGUGUGUGUGUGUGUGAAAUGAUGUGAGAUGGAUAGUUUUUAAAGUAAGAACCAUGGACAGAUAGUCGGGGUUUAUCCUUGCUAGGGCCAUACUUGAGUAAGCAACAUGUCUGUUUUUUUUUUUUUUUUUAUUUUCAUGGGUGUUUGUUCAAUAGACUCAGUCGGACACCAGUCCCCAGAUACCUCAGUCACUGUUCAUCAUGCAAGGAGAGCUCAAAUGGUUGCCUUUGUCUCAAAUGCAAUGCCAUAGUUGUACCAUAACAUGAAUACCAUACAUUGAAUGUCCGUUAUGCUGCUGUGACUAUUCCAGGAUACUCAAGGAUUUGUAGAUGUACAUGUAUUCUUUGUUAAUAUAACGCUAAUGAUAUUA